UCACCUGCAGAAGAAGUCACAGAAAGCAGCAUGUUCCCUUUGCUCCUUGUGGCUAGGCUGAUGGUUCUGAGCCUAGUGACUUCUGCUAAGAGCCAGGCAACAGACCCCCUAACUGGCUCUGAGGACCAACCACUCUUCCGUGGAGCUGAUCGACAUGACUUUGCCAUCAUGAUCCAACCAGGAGACACAGAAUGUUUCUGGCAAUUUGCUGAACGGAUGGGUUACUUCUACUUCAGCUAUGAGGUUCAGCUCAUUCUCGGGAUGUCACAUGACCGCCACAUUGCUGUCACGGCACAUACUCCACAGGGUUUCCUUAUUGACACUUCCCAGGAUGUUCGGGGCCAGAUUAACUUCGCUACACAAGAGACAGGUUACUAUCAGCUUUGUCUAAAAAAUGAGCAGAAUCGCUUCAGUUCUAUACAAGUGUAUCUCAACUUUGGAGUCUUCUACGAAGGGCCUGAAAUGGAUCACAAACAGAACCAAAGGAAACAGCUGAACGACACUCUGGAUGCGAUUGAGCACAGCACACGAAAGGUGCAGAACAAUGUUUUUCACAUGUGGCGCUACUACAACUUUGCCAGGAUGAGGAAAGUGGCUGACUUUUUCCUUCUCCAGUCCAACUACACCUAUGUGAACUGGUGGUCCGCAGCUCAGAGCCUUGCCAUUGUUCUUUCUGGGGUCCUUCAGCUAUAUUUCUUGAAACGUCUUUUCACUGUGUCAACUACUAACACAAAGCCAAGAUGCUAAUAUACAGCAUCUUCAUCAAAGCUUUGAUCAAAUCAGCUUUUUUUUUUUUUGGGGGGGGAGUCAA